AGGCUACAUUCUGCUGCAUAAGUUUGGGGUUCUUGUUGGUACCCUAAAUACACUGGGAAUGCUGAGGAACAAAGACGAGAAUGAUGGAAUAUGAGUGGGGCGAUAGAAAGUCUUUUAUGACAUUGCUAUUAAAUAUAUUCAUUAUAUAUAAGACCUAAGAAAAUAAUUUAUAAAGCACUUCUGACUCAUGAUUGUAGCAGCCAUUACUAAAUAUCUUCAAAAAAGAUUAAAAAGUUAAUAUAUAACUCUUGAUUAAACUUUUCCUUAUAUAUUAACCCCAGAAAAUGCAUGAGAAGAACCAGACAUUGGUCAGUGAGAUUGUUCUCUUGGGGUUUCAGAAUCUCCACAACUUCAAGAUUCCCCUGUUCUCUCUGUUCCUUCUGAUUUACAUUAUUACAGUUUGGGAGAACGUCCUCAUCAUAGUGUUGGUGUCAAUCAGCCGGAACCUCCAGUCCCCCAUGUACUUCUUUCUCCAACAGUUGUCCUUCUCUGAUCUACUGGGAUCCACAAAUAUUGUACCUACCUUGCUCCAAACUGUAUUAAAUAACAGAGCUACAAUGUCUUUUGGUGGCUGUUUAAUACAACUCUAUUUUUGGGGUUCUUCAGAAAUUUUUGAGUGUUUGCUUCUAGCAGUAAUGUCCUAUGACAGAUAUGUGGCCAUCUGUAUCCCACUGCGUUACUCUUCUAUAAUGUCCCACAGGGUUUGUGUCAAGUUAAUUCUUAUGGCAUGGGCUCUUGGUUUUGGCCUUGCAUUGAUUACAGUGAAUUUAGUAGGGACACAACAGUUCUGUGACCGCAAAAACAUUGAUCAUUUUUUUUGUGAUUUAUUUCCUCUUCUUCAGCUUUUCUGCUCAGACACCUCUUUUGUGGAAUAUGAAGUAAUCAUUGAAACAGUCCCUGUGGUUUUCAUCCCCUUUAUACUCAUUAUUGUUUCCUAUGUAUGUAUUGCCCAUGCAAUCCUAAAGAUAGUGUCCAAUACCGGGAGACAAAAAGCCUUCUCCACCUGCAGCUCCCACUUGGCUGUGGUCUCCAUAUUUUAUGGGACUCUCAUUGCUAUUUAUGUGGUUCCCCCCAGAAACCAAUCACAGACCAUAAGCAAAGUUCUGUCUCUGUUAUACACGAUAGUCAUUCCAUUGGUUAACCCUCUUAUUUACAGCCUAAGAAAUGCAGAUAUCAAAGAAGCCUUUAAAUAA